GCAGCGUUUAGUUUCUCUGUGUGACUCUGCCUGUCUCAUUCAUUUCAUUGUCGAAGGCUCGAAGCAUUUCUAUUCACAGAGAGCUCCUUCUCCUUUCUCUUGCUCUUCUUCUACUCCUACAAUGCGCCUGUCGGAUCUCUGAAACUCUGUCAAGAUAGUAAUCAAAGAAUCAAAACAAUGGAACCGCAGUACCCUAGCCCAAAGCCUCGCUUGUACGGGCCGCAGCAGAUGAAGACGGCGAUUCCACCGUCGCAGCACUCAGACAAUGACCGUAGCAGCAGCGAUUUACGAGCGCUGGAUUGUAAUCUCACCUCACUUUGCGAACAUAUCCAGAUGGAGGGCUUCAAUUCCGGCUCCUUUUCCGAUAUCGUCGUCCAUGCUAUGGGGUCCACCUACCACCUCCACCGCCUCAUCCUCUCUCGCAGCUCCUACUUCAGGAAUAUGCUACAUGGGCCAUGGAAGGAAGCAAGUGCACAAGUUGUGACCUUGAAUGUGGAUGACAAGAACGUUAAUGGAGACGCAAUUGCAAUAGCUUUGGCUUACCUAUAUGGGCAUCAUCCCAAGCUUAAUGAUAAUAAUGCAUUUCGUGUUCUUGCGGCUGCUUCCUUUCUUGACUUACAGGAUCUAUGUGCAAUAUGCACAGAUUUCAUUAUAUCUGAAUUGUGGACUUCAAAUUUCUUAGCAUACCAGGUAUUUGCUGAGAGUCAAGACUAUGGAAUACAUGGAGAGCGUGUAAGAAAUGCAUGUUGGGGUUACCUAUGUCAAAGUGGUGCCAGGGAGUUGAAAGAGGUGCUUCCGAAACUUUCUGCGCAAACUCUGCAUGCUUUGCUAACUUCAGAUGAACUGUGGGUGCCUGGUGAAGAAAAGCGGUUUGAACUGGCAUUAUACACGCUUCUUGCAAAAGGUUCUCUUUGCAAUAUAGAACAGUCUGUGCAAGGAAGUUCGGAGAUCGGUAUUGUCCUUUUUUCUGAUUCUCCUAAAGCUAAGGGAAAGAAUCUGAUGGAUAGCUGCAAUAGUAGGAUGUUGGAAUCCGAACUAGGACGCUUAAGUUUAAAAAAUGACAUGGAGGGCCAUAACACUGCACAAAAUCUUAUUGUUGAGCUUGUAGACUAUGUGGUUGAUUUCCCCACAAGUAUUUCAGAUUCCAACCAACAGGUCCAACAAGUUUCAUACACUCAGUCAAAUUUGCAGCCUAUAUACACGGGCAGCAUGGAUCAAUCUUCGUCAUUAUGUAACACUCUCUCAAAUGCCGGUGGAAUUAGAACCUCAUGUUCUUACAUUGAGAUGCCUAUUGGCGUUGGAACAAGUGGACUAGGGGCCAAUCUGGUGGCUAUGGAAGGGCCAUCUGAAGAAGGUUCUUUCUACAAUUUGAAUAACAGUACUUGGCAUACAACCGAUCAAUCAGGACGUUGCUCUUCAGUGGACCCAUCAUGUGAUGGGGGCAUGCUGAAUGACUGGGGAAGAUGUGGCAUGCCUCUUUCAUGGGGUGGCAGGGUUGUUGGCAAAAGACAGGUGAAAGGCUAUGCCAAAGGAAACUGUGGGAUUCGUCAGGAGGAAUACGAUUCUUUUGUCAAUAUAUUUGAAGAGGGUUCUCUUUUAUACUGCAACAUGUCUUUUGAAGCUCUUUUAAAUGUGAGAAAGCAGCUUGAGGAGUUGGGAUUUCCUUGCAAAGCUGCGAAUGACGGUCUUUGGCUGCAGAUGCUAUUAAGGGAAAGGGUACAAGAAAUUGGUGCUGACACAUGCAAAAUCUGCUGCUUUACCAAUAUAGCAUGCACUUGCAGAAAGAACUUCGGAUAUUCACAUGGAGUUGCUACAGCUGGUUAUUACAUGCAUGAGCAUGAUCAUAAUAAUUCACGUGGCAACAUGGGCAGUGUGUAUGUUGCUGAUUCUGCUCAAGGUGAAGGAAAUGGCCUCUUCAGGCCUGUACGUGGGCCUGUAAUCGGCAAUAUUGAUGGACUUGCGGGCAUUGGACGUGGAACCACAUUUGUACCUGCAGCUGCUUGGCCUCCUACUCGUUUUGUCUUUUCCCGUGUGCCCUUUGGUAUGAGCAACAGAAAUGGCCAGCAGUCCCUUGCUAAUGAUGAUUCUGAAGCUAGAGCCGAACAUAAUGGAGAUGUGUCAGGGGAUGGAUUGACAGCUCUGGUAGGGUUAAGCCAAGGAGGAGGCAACACCGCUGAUAUUCAUGCAGAGCAGAUAGAGAGGGGCUAUGAAACAGAUCUGCAAGGCAGAUCAUCUGGAACUUCUACUGCAGUUCCAGGUACUAGUGGUAUUUCUGGCCCGAUGCUAGAGUCACAAGAGAGUGCAAUCGGAAUUGAGUGGGAGAAUACAAACAGCUCUUCUAUAUCAUUGGAUAUGAAAACACCUCUAAAUCAUUUUCCUCCUUUUCGUUUUGGAGUUGAAUUUGAGGAUGUGCACCGGCUCAGCGAUGGCCAAGUUAAGCACUCUCCUGAGUUUUAUUAUGCUGGUUCUUUGUGGAAGGUUAGUGUUCAGGCUUUCAAUGAUGAAGAUCCUCAAGGACGUCGGACUCUUGGAUUGUUUCUUCAUCGUCGGAAGGCAGAGCUAGAUUCCCUUAGAAAGGUCCAUAUGUUUGUAGAUUCACGUGAAAAGGUUACAGCUCGCUAUCAGUUGAUUUGUCCAUCGAAGAGAGAAGUGAUGGUGUUUGGAAGCUUCAAACAGAGGGGAACUCUUCUGCCCAAAGCCCCCAAAGGAUGGGGCUGGCGCACAGCUCUACUUUUUGAUGAGCUCGUGGAUCUUCUCCAAAAUGGGGCCUUGCGAGUGGCUGCUGUAGUGCAGCUUGUGUGAAACUGAGGCAAGGCUCAUCUCCUUGCGUGGCAGCAGGUUCUUAAUCUAUACUGUAUCAGAUUUGAACUCCCCCAAUAAUUUACUUUCACCCUGGCGACGGUGCUUUUGUUUCGAAAGGGCUAUGAUUGUAACUUGCUCUUGCUUGUGCUGUAUAUUCAUCUGCUUGUAUAAUUACAUCAUCACAUUGUCCAAAAUAGAAGGCUAUUGGAUCAUCUGCCUGUAUAUUCAACUCUUUACGUAGCAUUUGUUUUUCUCUCUA